AUGCAAGCUUUGGGAAAGAAGGUGCAUGUCAGCAAGGCAAAGUUUGUGAACGAGAUUAAGCAGCACAGGAACGUCUAUGCCGAGCAGGAAACAGAUUUCAACACUUGGAAAGCACCAAACGGUGAAAUCUAUUUGGUUCCCGAGUUCCGAAACAAAAACAAACAGUCGGACGAGCAACUAGGAUAUGCCUUAAGUAUGAGCGAAGACGAUGAGUUGGCACAGCAAUCGUUAGUUGCCGUGAAAGAGGAAAACCUCACCGCUUUGGGCUUCCCGAUAUUCUGGCAUUCUCCAUGUGAAGAGGAGGAGGAAGAAGAAGAACCGCAACCCAGAAAAAUUACCAUCAUUCUUGAUGGAAUUGACGCCACGAUGGAAACUGGGGAGGAGGCAAAGGCUGAAAACAACAACCUCAAGUUCGUUGGGCUCGACAAUGAAGAUUCAGACAAUCUAGUGACCGAGACAUUGGUCCAACAGAUAACUUUAAACUCUACAAUCACCAGCAUCCACAGAAAAACAUUAGCAUACGCUGGAACAGGGAUCUUCGUGUUGAAUGUCACCGACAUUCCAACGGCAGCGAGUACACUAACAACACCAGCAAGCACAUUAACAACACCUCCAGUGUCCAGCAAUGCAGAUAUCUGGGAAACAUCGAAAAUCUCCAGAAGCCUGACCCUCGGUUUCGGUUUGACAAAUGACACCGACACGGUGCAAAACAAUUCAACUGUUCCAGGUUCAAACUCCACACACUCCACUUUCUCUCCCCAAACUAUCGCAGACCAGACGGAAAGUGCCAACGAGGCCUUUAAUGCACUGCCAGAGUUGUAUCACUCUUUGUUUGGUGCCGCCGUCUUACUCGCGUCGAUCGUCCUGAUGGCAUGA